GUGACGGAAAGAAAAAGCGGGAGAGAGUGGAGAGACUGGAGAGAGGAGGUGGGGCGCAGGCGCAGCGCAGCCGCGCGGCACGGAGCGAGGAGCCGCACCGCCUCCGCUUCUUCUCCCCUGGAACCGUUGCUCGCUGCGUCGCUCGCACGCAUAUAGCGGGGAGCUGGGGAGUGGGGAGGGAAGUGGAGCAAGAAGAGUGUGGGCGAGAGGGGGAGGGACCACCGCUGCACCAUGCGCCCUUCUUCUCUCUGUUUUGUGCCUCUUUUUCUUCUGCUACAAUUACAUUUGGCAUUUGCUAGACCUCUCUUUCCACUACCAAGUAAGACGAAGAAUGAAGAGAAAAGGCCCAUGCAGACGUUUCGGCCAUAUAACAUUGCUCAUCGUGGCUCAAACGGGGAAAUUCCUGAAGAAACAGCUGCUGCAUACCUGAGGGCUAUUGAGGAAGGUGCAGAUUUUAUAGAGACUGACAUCCUUGCUAGCAAAGAUGGGGCCUUGAUCUGUUUACAUGAUGUUACACUUGAUGAAACAACUGAUGUUGCCAAGCGUAAGGAGUUUGCCAAUCGAAGAAGAACCUAUGAAGUGGAGUGGUUUAAUGUUACUGGAUGGUUUGUAGUGGACUUCACACUGGAGGAACUUAAAACACUUAAAGUGAAGCAGAGAUACUCGUUCCGAGAUCAACAGUACAAUGGUAUGUUUACAAUCAUCACAUUUGAAGAAUUCAUUUCAAUUGCCCUAGAUGCGGACAGAACUGUCGGCGUAUAUCCAGAGAUUAAAGAUCCUGUUUUUAUCAACAAGCAUGUGAAGUGGGCUGACGGAAAGAAGUUUGAGGACAAAUUUGUGGAUACCUUGCUUAAAUAUGGAUACAAAGGUCAAUACAUGUCAGAGAAUUGGAUGAAGCAGCCAUUAUUUAUACAAUCCUUUGCUCCUACCUCCAUUGUACAUGUAUCAAAAUUGAUUGACUCUCCCAAGAUAUUUUUGAUUGAUGAUAUAACAGUGAGAACACAAGACACGAACCAGUCAUACUGGGAAAUCACUUCAGAUGACUACCUUGCAUACAUUGGGAAAUAUGUAGUCGGCCUUGGUCCAUGGAAAGAUACCAUUGUUCCGGCUGCAGGAAACUACUUGAUGCCACCAAGUGAUCUUGUUGCACGGGCACAUGCUCAUAAUCUACAGGUACACCCAUACACGUACAGGAAUGAGAACAAGUUCCUGCACUUCAACUUUCAUCAGGAUCCCUACGCUGAAUAUGAUUUCUGGAUAAACACUGUGGGGGUUGAUGGUCUGUUUACAGAUUUCACCAGAACCCUCCACCGGUACCAAGAAUUGACAUCCCCACACCAGAAGGAUGAGACCGCAAACAGCCUUCUAGUAAGAAUUAGUGGUAGCAUGUCCCUAUCUGUCCUCACUGGGAAGGAACCAGUCCUGGAUAAAGAAGAUUUCAGGCCUCACAACCUGAGCCAAGGAAGAAUGGAAACGGCGGCGGCGGCGGCGGCGGUAGCCCGGCCGCCGGAGUGCGGCUCCGCCGGCGGACUGCUCAGCGGCACGAGGACGUCGCUGCUGCCCCGCCGGCGAUCGCCGAGGGCGGCAGCGUUCCCGGCCGGCGCCGCCGCGAGCUUUUCCACGGCCUCGUUGAAGCGACCGCCGGGAAUUCAACGCCACGGACCCCAGGUAGUUUGCGCGGCGCGGAGGCGGCGAGCGGACAUCCAGUCGGACACGUACGUGCUGAUAGAGCCCGGCAUGGACGAGGAGUUCGUGUCGCGGGAGGAGCUGGAGACGAGGCUCAAGGGCUGGCUGGAGAGGUGGCCGGGGGAGGCGCUGCCCCCCGACCUCGCCAGGUUCGACACGGUCGACGACGCCGUCUCCUACCUCGUCAGGUCCGUGUGCGUGCUCGAGAUCGACGGCGAUGUCGGGUCCGUGCAGUGGUACCAGGUCGAAGUAGAAUAGCCCGGUUUCAUGGCCGCGUUCAUGAUUGUGUGUUUCAUGGGGCUGGUUGUAGCAUGUACGGAGUACCGAGCGAAUUGACAGCAGACCGGACCGGCCAAACCGCCGAGGUCCGGUACCGGUAUACCGGUCUGGUUUGGCCAGAAACCGGUCGGCACCGGUCAAAUUCAAAUUUGAAUUCAAAAAACUCAGUUCAACCGGUUCGUACCGGUA